UCAAUAUUUUAACAACUUUGACAUUUCACAAGUUUCUAUUUUCAAAUCUGUCGCUUAUUUCUUUCAUUGAGGGCACUCAAUGAAAUUCUGAACGGGGCAAAUAAACUAUAAAUGUGCCGAAGAAAUCAAAUCUGUGCAGAAAUGAUGUUUACAGAAAAGUGAUCGAAAUUAAAGCACCGCUUAUUUUGAAAAUCACUUUCAACAGGAAGUGCCUACCUCAUCUUGGCGGAAGUAUUUGUUGCACAGAAAUGGCAGCGACCUUGCUCAGCGUGUGGCGUUCCUAAAAAUACAGUACUUUGCUAGUAUUUCUAAAAUGCCGAUGUAUGAAUCAAACGAAAUAAAAAUUACGGUUUUUUAGUAUCGGGUUUUUACAAAAUGAUCUCCCUCGUUAAGGCUGCUGUCGGCGGCCUGACGGUAAUCUGCAGAACUCACGGUCACCAGCAAGCUCCUCUGCACAGCUAUUUGAAAAUCUGCGCUGCUGGGCUGAAGACAUUUCCAGUCACUCCAGACUACAGCAAUGUUGUGCUGCCGGAGAAACCAAAGCUGAAGUUUUUGAACAAGGUGCCCAACCUAAAACAGGCUAAGAAAGAGAAAAAGAAGCUCAGGGAUAUCCAAGGACCGGCUAUGACAUCGAAUACCUUCACUUGUGGGCAGUAUGCCAUCGUUGCCAUGGGCGGAGGCUACCUGCACUGGGGUCAUAUAGAGAUGAUCCGUCUAACAAUUAACAGAAAGAUAGAUCCCCACACAACAUUUGCCCGGUGGCGUAUCAGUGCCCCGUACAAGCCAAUCACGCGUAAAGGCCUGGGCCAACGCAUGGGCGGCGGUAAAGGAGCCAUCGAUCACUACGUGACACCGGUCCGGUCCGGACGUUUGAUCGUGGAACUGGGAGGAAAGGUGGAGCUGGGGGAGAUUGAGCAUGUCUUGAUUCAAGUGGCCAAGAAGCUGCCCUUUCCUGCUAAGGUAAUGAGCCGAGAGAGUCUGGAAGAAAUGCACAGAAAGCAGAAAGAGAUGGAGGAGAACAACCAGAAUCCCUGGACCUUCAAGCAGAUAGCCCAAGGCAACAUGAUGGGCAUUAGGAAGGUGCUUAGUCCAUUUGACCUGCGCAACCAUGGACGCUUUGCAGGCAAAUUUCACUUUCCAGGGAGGGUGUGAGGGACCUGGGGGACAGCCGACAUCAUCCAGACCGCAUGUCUGAAGACUCGACCUGAAUUUUGUUACUCCCUCACUUUCAGAAACAACUUUCUUUUUUCAAUGACACAUUUUAAGUCUUUUUUUGUUUGUUUUGCUUAUGUAAACCAAUGACUCAUGUUUAUUACUAUCGAGCUACUUGGUUCUGACUCAUAAUAGACAAAUAAAACAUGGGACAAGUGAAAACAAA